ACUCAAAUAGAUUUAAAGGAUUUUCAUUUUAAAAGUAUAAUUAAAUUGUUUUACGCAGUAUAUAUUAAUUAUUAUAAUACAAAUUGAUAAUACGAAAAAACCAAACCAUUAUUUUUAUCACAUCGCAGUGAUUACGGCCGGUGUAUACCAUACAUGCAUUAGUCAUGAUACCAUUUAUGUUUAAAUAAUUGUGUUUUUUCCACUAAUUUUUCGCAAAUUGAUAAUUCUUUCGAUAAAAUGGGUUAUUUAUAUAAUUCGAAAUGGAUUUUUUGUAUGCUAUUUUUAUUGAUAGAAUGUCAAUCACAAAAAUGUUUAAAUCAAAUAAAUAACAUAAACACGUACUUUGGGGAAAAAGCUGAUUAUGUCGAUGUAACACAGUCGGGGGAACAUAACGUAAAAGGCUGUGUACCACUAAAUUAUUGGGGCAUUAUUCGCUAUGAUAAAAAUGAAUUUUCCACACAAAACUACGCUCAGCUGUCGGCAGAAUUUAUCAAGAACGCAGAGUCGGAAUGUGGAAAAGAGCUAACGCAAUGGAGCAGUUCGGAACAAGAAAUACUUGAAAAUGUGAAUAAGACAAUUUGUUUCAUAGCAAAAAGUCUGACUAAGUAUAUUAUAUUUCGAAAUACUCCUGACCUUAAUACUGAAUAUAUGUUUAAAGAUGCAGUAUCAGGAAAUCGAGAUAUAAUCACGCAAUUUAUGAAAGAAUUGUUAUCCAGAAAGGGAGAAUAUUAUACUGAUCAAAAUUUUACCAUUUUUUCCAAUAAUAUUACAGACACGAUAAGAAAUUGUAGUGCUUUUCAAAGAAAGAUAAAAGAUUUUGACAAAUCUAAUUUUGCAAAAAAACCAGAGUUUCAACAAAUGAUUAAUAAUGUUAAGACAACGCUUGGAUAUAAAUCAAAUUUUGGUUUGGAACAAUUAAAAUUAGUUUACGAUCUAUGUCGCUACGAGGAAUCUAUCUUAAGUAAAGAUUCUGCAUGGUGUUCAGUUUUUACUGAAGAUCAAUUAAAGCUAUUACAAUAUAAUGAAGAUUUAUUGUCGUAUUAUACCAAAGGCUAUGGAAACGAAUAUUCAAAAAACAUUGGAUGUCACACUGUGAAAGAAAUGUUCAAUGAUUUAGACGAUUUUGUGAAUAAGCGCAAUAUAUUAAAAGCUAUCAUAACUUUUACAGACAGCGUACAAUUUCAAACAUUGCUCACAGCAUUAGGAAUUGAAGAGGACUCAAAUCCAAUAAGUGCUGAUAAUUAUAAAGAGAAAAUUUCUGACAAUAGUUAUUUAUGGCGUACAUCAGAUAUUAGUCCCAUUGGUGCUAACUUUGCUGCUGUAAAGUACGAUUGCCAUCCAAAUACGAAAGUAAAAUUUUUCUUAAAUGAAAAACCAAUUACCAUUUUCGAUUGCCCAAAUGGAAUGUGUGAAUGGAAAAUUCUUCAAGAGAAAUUAAGUGGUAUAACCGAAAAAUGCACUUUUGAUUUUUGUGGUUUAGCAUCAUCCUCCUCAGAAACUUCUAAGGAUUACUCACUAUUGUAUAUAUUCUCCAUUUUAGGCGCAAUAAUUCUUUUUAGUAUAAUCCUUGUUUUCUACGGAUACAAACGACAUACUACGUCGCACUAAGCUGUGGCUCAAAAAUAAUUUGUGCGUGUGGUUUCGUGAUUUAACGUAACGUCGUAAUUCAUAGGGAUUUUGUCAAAUAUGUCAAAAUAACGAAUAAAUCUAGUCUCUUACCAUGGUAACCAGCAGAAUUUAUUGUACAAAUGAUCCAAGAAACUAUAGGGGCCACUACAAUGUCGGUUGAAGAGGAUAUAAAUAUGUAUCUCCAUACUAAAAAAAAAAAAAUAGAACAUAUAAUCUCUUUUAUAUAAUUCACAACUCUAGUUCGUGAGUCAAUGAAUAGAAAUUUCCAUUUUAAUGCCAUUUAAUGUUCUAAACUAAAGAGUCGCGAAUAGAUCUUUUUAUUUAAUUUUUGAUUCGGACAGACAAUAAAUUUGACAAAAAUAAAAAAUAUUCGUUAUUCACUUGACUGAAUUAGUUUUUUACAGUUUGUCCAAGCAAAAACGAAUCGAAAUAAAAAUAAAAGAUCUAUUAAUAACUAGCUGUUACUCGCCGGCUUCGCUGGGAAUUUCAAUUUGAAAAAGCUAUAUUGUUAUAGCCUUCACCUGCCUAUCUCUCACUUACCGCUCCUCCAUUACACUCGUAUUAAUAAUAAUACCAACUUUAAAGACAAAUCUACCACAUGCUACCCUUUAAUCCCAGUUUAGCCCGCCCACUAAACACUAACUAUAAUUCCAUCUUUUAGAAAAUUAGACGACCCGCAACCUGGCUUCGGUAUUAUAAGCUAUAAUACUGUAAAGUUUUAUUAAAAUCCGUCCCGUAGUUUUUGCGUGAAAGCGUAAAAUACAUCCAUCCAUCCACACAUACAUCCAUACACCCUCACAAACAUUCACGAUUAUAAUAGUAGUAGAAUAACUUUGCUGAAAUCAGAAAAAACACAGUAGGGCCAAGGAAAGAAACAAAAAACAUUUUUCUUUAUUUUCUAUAAAUUUGUUAUUUAUCUAGAAUAAAGUUGCAAUAAAUCGAGUUUGUUACCGCGGAAAUCAGUGUAAUCUAUUAUAUGUAUUGUACCUAAAAUUUUAAUCUUUUCAUUUCAUUUUGGCAAAUUCUAUAGGAAUCCAUCGUCAAACCAUCGCGUUACAGAAAUCCAAGCUUUUUUUUUUUAUUACUUCGUCUACUUAUUCUAAUUGAUGUUACUUAUUCUAAUAAAUGUACAUUCUAAUUAAUCUAUUUAUUCUAAUAAAUGUUAAUUUUCUUCACUUAUUGUUAACGGAGAACUGAAUUGAACUCAAUUUAAAUAUCGAUUCAGAUUUAAACUCUAAAAACCAUCAAAAAGUCGAACAUUCCUAGAAAUUGCUAGCGAAAUUGAAUUUUCCUUGUUUUCUAUGGUUCUAAAAGCCAUCGUAACGAUUUUUGCUAACUAGCAAUGACUUAAGCAAUAGGUGAAGAAAAUCUAGGAUAAUGAUACAAGAGCUUAAAAAUGCAGAAUCUCUGAAAUUACAAAAACUGUCUCGAUUAUUAUCAUUUCGCGAUUGUAGUAGCAAUCAGCUACAAAACGGCGAAAAUUUGAAAAAUUCGACGAUUUACAUAACCACAUUUAAAUAUUAAUAAUAAAUGAAUAGAAUUUUUCAUUUAAAAAAAUGGUAUUUUUUUUUGCUUCGGGCAGUAUGUCAAAAAAAUAUUCAAACAAUUAAAUAUAUUUUAUUUUGUCAAACAUCUCUUUUUGACAAAGGUAGGAUAGAAUAAAUGUAUUUUAUAAAUUUGAAUAGUUUUUUGACAUACUGUCCGAAACAAAAAAAGGAAUAUUUUUUUUAAAUAAAAAGGUCUAUUUAUAAUUAAUUUUUAUACAGUAUCUGAAAUUCAAUCCAGCAGCUGUAUUUCAUAGAAAUACUGUCAGAUGAUUGGCUAAUGUUUUGAAUUAAUGGCACAUUAAGCUGACCAGAGUGCUGGAUUGUAUUUCAAAUUUGCACUAACUGAUAGUUGUAACAAGGACCCAAUGGAAUAUUUUGGAUUAAAUGGGUAUUUUUAAAUUCCCAUUUGAAAAUUUGACUGUAAUUAAAUUACGAUCUUGAUAUUAAUAUUUGUGAUUUUAUGAUAGUGCUUAUUU